UGACCGAUAAAAAUAAUGGAUCUCCGGUUGAAAGGUAAACUGGAGCCGUCAGUGGCCGUCAAAAUAUGGAUUCGGGAAACGCUGGACUAUCUGAAGCGAGCAGACGCAGCUUCGCAAAAUAUGUGCGCUCAGUCUUCCGAGAUGCGUGAGACACAGAUAGCAAAUCAAAUCAAACAAAUACUUUUCUCUGUAUCUCUAUAUUUAUACAACUUCUGAUGCAAAUGUCGCAUUUCUGCGGUGCCGGCGAGGACGGGGGAAUUCGUAUUUUACAGUGGGCAAAGAUUUUAGUGCAUGGAUAGUAUGGCAGGCAAAUUGGAUUCUUAAAACCCUCGGAAACGAGGUUUUUGGCCGUCGUUUUGGUUGAGUAUGGGCUCUGUACCCUUAAGAAAGCUAAAAUAGCCACUAAAAAAACUAUUCUAUGUAUUUGUCGAACAAUAACAGUAAACAGGGGCAGGGGCAGGGGCAGAUAGGGUUAGAGUUAGAGGAAGAAGAAGGAAUACUGAUGGAGGUGGUGGCCAAUGGUCUGCAGGCGCAGACUAUGCAGGGGCAGGGGCAGGGGCAGAUGAUAUUGGCGGAGAGCAGCGGGGAGGAUCACGAAGUGAAGGCGCCAAAAAAGAGGGCUGAGACAUGGAUUCAGGAGGAGAUACGUGCUUUGAUUGCGUUGCGGCGCGAGAUGGACAGUUUAUUCAAUACGUCCAAGUCUAAUAAGCAUCUUUGGGAGCAAAUUUCGCUCAAGAUGAGGGAUCGAGGGUUUGAUAGGUCGCCCACCAUGUGUACUGACAAGUGGAGGAAUUUGCUCAAGGAGUAUAAGAAGGCCAAGCAUCAGGACAACAGGGGUGGCGGCGGAUCUGCCAAGAUGUCGUGCUACAAGGACUUGGAGGAUUUGCUGAGAGAGAGAGCCAAGGUUGCCACUUACAAGUCCCCGCCGCCUCCUGCUGCUGCUGCUGGUGGCGCUGCUGGUGCCACUGCCGCUACUCUCAAGGUCGAGACUUAUAUUAAUUUCUCGCCCAAAGGAAAUGGGAAGUCAUCACUCAAUAUGGAGCGCAGAUUGGAUCAUGAUGGACAUCAUAUGGCUGUUGCAUCUGCAGACACAGCUGCUCCUAAUGGUGUGCCUCCAUGGAACUGGAGAGAUGCCACUGCCAAUGGCAGUGAGCAUCAGACUUCUUAUGGUGGAAGAGUGAUUGCUGUCAAAUGUGGAGAUUAUACUAGAAGAAUUGGUAUUGAUGGGACAGCUGAAGCUAUCAGAGAGGCUGUUAAAUGUGCCUUUGGAUUGCGUACCAAAAGGGCCUUUUGGUUAGAAGAUGAAGAUGGGAUUGUUCGCAGUCUUGACAGGGAUAUGCCACUGGGGACAUAUAAUCUUCGCCUUGAUGAUGGUGUAACUGUCAAGGUCUGCACCUACGACGAGUCAGAUCAUUGGACAGGUGCCACUGAGGAGAAGACCUUGUACACUGAUGAAGAUUUCCGUGAUUUCUUGGCACGACGUAGUUGGUCUGGUUUACGAGAGGUUAAUGGUUUUAGAACUAUUGAUUCUGUUGAUGAACUUCGUCCAUUAUGUAUAUAUGAACAUGCAGGGCUGCUGGGGGAGUAGUUGGGCUAGGAGGGUAUGUGUAUGACUGGUGCACAUGCAAAAUCGAAUUCAUUGGGAGGCUGCAGUGUAAGUCCACGUUUCUGCACAAGAACUUGUACGCUGAUGCUAUUCUAAAAGUAUGGGUUUUCAGUAACUUGCAUAGUGUUUAGCUCCCAAGGUUAGCUUGCAGCUGUAGAUACCUUUCAUUUUUUGAUGAUCUUUGAGCCGUGUACUGGGUCUACAUGACAGUGUCAGUUACAGACUGAAUGGAACCACAUAAGUUCCAUUCUAUGCUGCAUAUUAUUGUAGGGUUUCACUGAGGAACGGGUUUUAGAAGGAUUAAGUCAGCUCUUUCUGAUUUCAGAGGUGGCCAUUAUCCAUUUAAUGGCAUUUAUCAAGAAGGAAUCUCUUGGAGAGAGAAUUUGACUGAGGAAUCGUAAUCCCCUUUUGCAGUUAUGUGCUAUGUGAGGGCAUGAAACCUUAGAGAUCUAAUUGGUAGGUGUCUCAGGAGCUGCAUUUGUAUCAUUAACAGUUGUUUGCUAAAACCAUGAAAUUCUAGAGCGAAGCUUUUGGGUUCUAGUGGAGAUGUAAUUUACAUACCUUAAACAGCACAAUAAUCUAUGAGAGCAUAAUGAUAUUUUUAUUGGAACCUUCCUUUUACUUAAUGCACAAAUGCAUUCUUAUUGAA